AUGGCUGCCAAGAAUGCACACGGAAGUACUGAUGAUGAGAACAGAAAGAGACGACUGUCACAAUACUUACCUUUUGAGGCAACUGAAACUCCUAAGUGGGGUAAAAAAGAAGAUGUUUCAGUCCAGGAGAUGAUAGAAGAAAUUCUGAGUCAUCUCAGAGAGUGGGAAGAAAUUAAAGGUAGAUACGAUAAAGAGCUGAUCGACAAAGUCCAGAAGCAGUUUCUUGUCGAAUUUAUUUUCCACGUGAACAUGGAAGAGGAAAAGGGUUUUUCAACUUUUGAAGAAACCGAUGAAUUUUUAACAAAUUUCUACGCCCGGAACGGUAGUUUGCAACGUCAACUCUCUAUUAAAGAACAAGAAACUCUGAACUUAAGGAACGCUUAUGAACAUUUGUUGGCAAAAAUCAAGAAGGAAGAACGAUCGGGUGAUUACGGCCUUGUGGAAGCAAGUUUACUCAAAGAAACACAUGGUAUGCUUAUGAAAGGUAUUGAAAUUCCAAAAGACAAGACAAAACCAGGAAUAUUCAGCAAACUCCCUCGAAAAACGGAAUAUAAAGGAGAAGAGUAUGAGUAUCAAAAUCCAGAAGACAUGGAAAGUGCUGUAAGCAAAUUAUUAGACCAAUGCAAUGACAAGUUCGACUAUUGUAUCAAAGAUGGCCUCAAGGAUUCUUACGACUUGUACUCUCUGUUCAAAACUUGUGCUUGGUUACUUUUUGAACUUUUAGAUCUGCAUCCAUUUUCAGAUGGCAAUGGAAGACUUUGUCGUAUUCUUUGCAGCUAUAUGCUGUCAAAGUUUACUCCUUUUCCAACCCCGGUCUACAAUGUGUGGACAAAUUCGUGCAAAGAUGACUACAGGGAUGCUUUAGUUGCUGCCCGGAAGUCUAAAGAGAGGCAUCCUUGUGAUUUGACAACCAUGAUAAUAGAGUGCAGUUAUCAUGGCUGGAAAAAAUUCAAAGAUGCUAUCAAAGAAAACACCCUUCAGGACAAAAGUGUUCCCUCUGGAAAAACAUGUUGAGCUUGGACUCUGUUGAAAUCUUAAUUGUGAGCACAGAUCAAGAGCUGCUGUCUUAUGUGGUAUCGGUGGAAUUGCUAAAUUAUGAGUAAAUCAACCUGCAUAACACUUUCUGUGAAGCUCAGAAAAUUGUGAACACCAGGAAAACUCUUAGAAUAUUUCUGGUGAAAAAGCUAAUCACAGUCAGAAAAACUGAACCACUGAAAUUGUUAUUGGAUCAUGGUUUGAGGUUUUCUUACAUUUCUUGAACAUCACUUUGAUUGAUCAUACACAGUUGACCUGUCAGAAUUAUAUCAUAGUGUUUAAGGUUUCCUGAGCUUCAUAGUAAAGAUAGAUAACCAAUUGCACUCUUGGGAAGGGGCACAGACUACUUCUUGGAAGUCACUGAUGGACACAUCAGGUUUCUAAUUUUUGCCUUGGGGUGGAAAAAAAACCAAACUUUACAAAGGGAUUGAAAUCAUAUUUAAGAAGAGUUUGGAAUCUCUAUAAAUUCAAAUUAUUUUUUGAUUAUUACUAAAUUGACAAAUUAACUUAUUAAAAAACAAUAUGAAAGAAUCUUACCUUCCCUUUUAGAUAGGGAUGUGAAGUUCUGAUAGGAUGGGAUGGGAAGUUCCACUGACAGUUAUCUACCAAGCUGUGCUCUUGGAACAAUGGCUUAGUGCCUGAAGGCUCUUGAAUCAGUAAUCUGGGAUGUCAAGCCUUUGAAAGUUUUAAUCGAAGCAAAGUUUAAUAAGUUGCCCAAAGAUAGAAAUAAGCUACCUCUAGCAUAGCACACAAGCUCUGCUAGAGCACAGCCUUGUUUCAAGCCAAAGAAAACAUCUUGACAUCUUAGUCUGUAUGUGUUGCUGACAGAAAUUAAAUUGAAGUUUUUUAAAUGCUUAUGAUUAAAAUGGUUUUAAUACCUUUUAUGCCAAAUACAUACAUGUAUAUGUCAAUUUUAUCUGAAAUUUUUGUGUUUUAGAAAAUUUUUCAAAUUGGUAUAUAUAAAAAAUAAAGAUUGAGGAAGACUACUUUACUAUUUAAAAAUGAAGGAAACACAAUGAAACAAGUAGAGGUGUUAAUGUAACUGUUUAUUCCAUUGUACUGAAAGUAAGGAUUUUUUUAAUUUUUGGUCACUUUAGCAAUGAUAAAAUAGUUUUGCAACUCUUUAGGUGAGUAAAUUAAGUCUUAAUGUAGAAUUUUUAAGUAAAGACUGUUACUUCAAGUAGGUGCAAUA